CCGGGCGUGUGUUUCCGGCGUCGGCGGCCUCGGCCGGGUACGGUGUGAGAGCGGUAAGAUGGCGGCUGCGGCAGUGGUGGAGUUCCAGAGAGCCCAGUCUCUACUCAGCACCGACCGGGAGGCCUCCAUCGACAUCCUCCACUCCAUCGUGAAGCGUGACAUUCAGGAGAAUGAUGAGGAGGCAGUGCAGGUCAAAGAGCAGAGCAUCCUGGAACUGGGGUCUCUCCUGGCGAAGACUGGACAAGCUGCAGAGCUUGGAGGACUGCUGAAGUAUGUGCGACCCUUCUUGAAUUCCAUCAGCAAGGCUAAAGCAGCUCGUCUGGUCCGAUCUCUUCUUGAUCUGUUUCUUGAUAUGGAAGCAGCUACAGGACAGGAGGUCGAGUUGUGUUUAGAGUGCAUCGAAUGGGCCAAAUCAGAGAAGAGAACUUUCUUACGCCAAGCCUUGGAGGCAAGACUGGUGUCUUUGUACUUUGAUACCAAGAGGUACCAGGAAGCAUUGCAUUUGGGUUCUCAGUUGCUGCGGGAGUUGAAAAAGAUGGAUGACAAAGCCCUUUUGGUGGAAGUACAGCUUUUAGAAAGCAAAACAUACCAUGCCCUGAGCAACCUGCCAAAAGCCCGAGCUGCCUUAACCUCUGCUCGAACCACAGCAAAUGCCAUUUACUGCCCCCCUAAAUUGCAGGCCACCUUGGAUAUGCAGUCAGGUAUUAUCCAUGCAGCAGAGGAGAAGGAUUGGAAAACUGCAUACUCAUAUUUCUAUGAGGCAUUUGAGGGUUAUGACUCCAUCGAUAGCCCCAAGGCCAUCACAUCUCUGAAGUACAUGUUGCUGUGCAAAAUCAUGCUCAACACCCCAGAAGAUGUCCAGGCCUUGGUGAGCGGGAAGCUUGCACUUCGGUAUGCGGGGAGGCAGACAGAAGCAUUAAAAUGUGUGGCUCAGGCUAGCAAGAACAGAUCACUGGCAGAUUUUGAAAAGGCUCUGACAGAUUACCGGGCAGAGCUCCGGGAUGACCCAAUCAUCAGCACACACUUGGCCAAGUUGUAUGAUAACUUGCUGGAACAGAAUCUGAUCCGAGUCAUUGAGCCUUUUUCCCGAGUACAGAUCGAACACAUAUCUAGCCUCAUCAAACUCUCCAAGGCCGACGUGGAAAGGAAAUUAUCACAGAUGAUUCUUGACAAGAAAUUUCAUGGGAUCUUGGACCAGGGGGAGGGUGUCUUGAUUAUUUUUGAUGAACCCCCAGUAGAUAAAACUUAUGAAGCUGCUCUGGAAACAAUUCAGAACAUGAGUAAAGUAGUGGAUUCCCUCUACAACAAAGCCAAGAAACUGACAUAGAGUUGGAUCUGUAGCGGUCCUUUGGAGAGUGUGUGUGGCGGGAGAGUGAAACCUUUGGGGAAAAUGCUAGGAGAUUUUUUCUUUCUGUUCUACUUUUCGCUCAGAAAGUUUUUAAAUCCUCAUUUGGUGCAUCUGUAUUCCAGCCGAUAGGUGGGCCAGUUUUCACGUAAUCUUUACUGGCCCAACUUGGGAGUGGGGAAAUUGCUUAAAAAAAGAAAAAAAAGAAAAAAAAAGGUUAUUCUAAAUAAAAGGAAAAAGGCUUACACUA